UUUAAGUCCCGAGGUGCGGCAGUAGGGAACUAGAGCGCAGGCGAGUGCAGCCCGGCGCCGGGCCGGCCCCGCCUCUGGGGCGCCUGGCGCCCGCCCCUCACUCAGACCCCGCCUUUCCCCACGUGUCUGCCGCCGAGGGGAGGCGCCUGAGCCGGAGCGGGCCCGCCACCGGUCCGGUCCCGACCUCACACCGGCUUCUGUGUGCGGCGCCCCGGAGCGGCCCGGCUGCCCGAUGCUUCCGCCUCGGCUGCGGCGGGCCGGGCUGUACGCGUAGUGCCCGGCUCGGGCCCCCCGAGGCGCCCGCGGGGUGGGAGCGGCCUCGGCCCGGCCGAGAGCAAGCGGCUUGCGGACGAGGCGGCGGCCGCGGAGAGGAGGAUGGGGGCUAACCAGUUAGUGGUGCUCAACGUGUACGACAUGUACUGGAUGAAUGAAUACACCUCAUCCAUUGGAAUUGGAGUUUUUCAUUCAGGAAUUGAAGUAUAUGGUAGAGAAUUUGCUUAUGGUGGCCAUCCUUACCCUUUUUCUGGAAUAUUUGAAAUUUCCCCAGGAAAUGCUUCUGAACUAGGAGAAACAUUUAAAUUUAAAGAAGCUGUUGUUUUAGGGAGCACUGACUUCCUAGAAGAUGAUAUAGAAAAAAUUGUAGAAGAACUGGGAAAAGAAUACAAAGGCAAUGCCUAUCAUUUGAUGCAUAAAAACUGCAAUCACUUUUCUUCAGCUUUAUCAGAGAUACUUUGUGGGAAAGAGAUUCCUCGCUGGAUCAAUCGACUUGCCUACUUCAGUUCCUGCAUACCCUUUCUACAGAGCUGCCUCCCGAAGGAGUGGCUCACUCCCGCAGCCCUGCAGUCCAGCGUUAGCCAGGAGCUCCAGGAUGAACUGGAAGAAGCAGAGGAUGCUGCUGCAUCUGCUGCCAUGGCGAGCACUGCAGCAGGCUCCAGAUCCGGGCGCCACACCAAACUAUAAAUAUCUCCAAAGUCACACCUGCGGAACUGUCUCUGGCAGUUGAAUAUCACUAGAGAAAAGUAAACAGAGUAAGCAUCCUUUGGAUAUUUUGUAUGCAAAGAUGGCUCUCCCCUAAAUCCCAGUUUUUCAGCUCAGGAUUAUAUUUGUAAUCAAAAAAAAAAAAUCACUUUGGCACAGGAGGGAGAACUUUGUACAAAGCUGCCCUCUGCUUUUUUUUAACCCACUUGUAAAUUUGGAUUUACUUCUUCUGUUUUAUACAAGCUCUGUUAAGUUAUGUUUACAGUAUUUUGUAUCGCUGUUUACAAAUCUUGCAUGGACUUCUGCUGCCUGAAAGAAGAAAAUCCUCGUCUUCACAAAUUAGGCAGGUAAUCUUUGUACACUUCCUGACAAUUGCCAGAGCUAUGGCAUAAAUAAUAGGCACACAAAAGGGUACUCACAGUUAUAGUUGCCAUCACCUGCUUAAGAAUUCUCUUUUAGAUUUGUAUUUGUUUUGUUAAUAUUUUUGGCACCAGGAUGCAGAGAACCAAACUGGCCUGCUGUGAAGGAGCACACACCGCCCCAAGGGCUUGGGAUCCUGGGUCAUUUCCUCCUCUCUUCCCACUCCAAGUAGCACAUCUCCCAAGGUGCCCAUGGGACAGUUGGUUGCAUCCCAAAUAUCCGUCCACCAAGCAGGGUGGUCUUCUUGUGUAAGUCUGGCUUUAAUGCCUACGAUUCUGUAAGAUUUUUCUGUUGAAGAUAGUCUUGUAACUGACAAGUAUUUUUGCACACAUGUUGUGGGAGGAGCUUCAUUUUUAUUUUAAGACAUCAUUUCCUCCCCACACAGGAUUUUGUUCAUGAGAUAGGAACAUCCUAAGUGGUAGCCUUCUGAGUAGCAGUAUGAGUUGACACUCAACUGUUUUUCACUGUUCGGGCUUCCUUUUGUACUAGACCUUGAAAACUAGAUUCUAAAGAAACAUUCCAUUGAGGUAAUUCUUUAAUAUUUCAUACUUUUUAUCUACCAUAUCAGAAAGCAUAUUUUGUUACGGGAGUAGCUCCACCUCAUAAAAGAAUGCCUAUUCUCAUUGACUUCUUGAUGAAAAAUUAUAUUUGUCUUAACAUUCAUCUUUUUAUGUUCUCCCAAAUGUAUGUAUCUUACCUCACAUAACUUAAAGAAUGAAUUUGUCAUUAGAGAUAAAUCCUCACUAGCAAGGAUGCUGUCCGCUCAAGCCUACUCCCAGUUUGACCCUUGGAUGUAAGAACCAAGUCAUUACAUGUUAAAUUGAAUAUUUCUGCCUUAAGAAUGAAUGUCCUAAGUAAAAUAUUGGAUGCAACAUAUAAAUGAUCUAAGGCAGUGAUUUCAGCUUUAGAUGUUAGUUUUAAGGUUAUUUACGUUUAUUUAAACUUUUGGAUUGGAUUAUUUGCUAUUGCUUUCUGUGAUGAUACAUAUCUUUCAGUGAACUACAUUUUUAACUUUUCCAUAAGCUGAUUUUGAUUGAUUUUUAUCAACUCAAGCACACCCUAUUGAUAGGGAAAAUAAACCUUAGGUUAUAAACAUUCGCCUGAGGAAAAUGAAACCACUUUAUGCUUUUUGACUAUUCUAUUUCCAGAGAGAAAAAAAGCCUUUACAAAUUACUCUCAGUUCUUUAGGGGACAGAGCACUUGUUUUUAAGAGAUGUGAUAGAAUACAUGAUCUUUAUGAAAUGUUGACUUGGUUAAGGUCUACAAAUGAGACUUAAGACAAAGCAUUUAGGUUCCACCCAUCUAAGUUGUUCACUAAAAGAAGAGCUCUAGCACCAAAAGCCAGAUUAGUAGGAAGUGGUUUGAUGCCUUUGGCCUGGGGUUUUUUAGUAAUAUGGAUUAUAGUUUUUUCUAAUCCAUUCAAAUAUACAUGUUUUAAAUGUGGGCUACUGACCAGAAGGAGUAGCCAUUAGUUAGACACUUCUUGGUGAAUAGCCAGGAACAUCUGAUCUUUGCUUAUCCACAAUUCAGCAAGUCAACAUAUAGAUGGUUUUUGUUGUAUUUACUGUCAUCUGCAGCAUUUGGAGUUUAAGACUAGUACAAAAGCUAUUAGGAAUACUGGCCUAUGGCCAAUUGUCACACUAAAAAUUACCAGAUAAAAUUCUGGACAUGUAGCUGGGCAUGGUGGCACAUGCCUGUAAUCACAGCAUUUGGGAGACUGAGUCAGGAGGAUCACUACAAGUUUGCCCUCACGCUGUAGGGUGUACUUCGUUUCCUACUUUUACUUGGCCCAAACUCGCUCUACAGAGCCUGUUUCUUUUCCUACCUUUAAUAAAACUUCACUGCCAUUAAGAACAAAAAACAAAAAUUCUGGACAUGAGAUUCCUUGUAAUUUAAUUGUACUUGAAGUUGAGAGAAGAAAUAUCUCUCUUUAGAAAAUCUCAUUCAUAGGGUCCAGGGAUUUAGCUCAGUGGUUCCGCCCCUGCCUCGCAAGCACAAGGUCCCAAGUUCGAUCCCCGGUACCAAAAAACACAAAAUCUUAUUCAGGUUAGGUCCUUCUUUACAGUUUAAAUUGAAAAUGGAUUUAAUUAGCAUUUAACCUGCUUUUCCUUGCCCCUGCACAAAAAGAAUCUUGUUCUUAACCUGAUCUCUGUUUUAUUAACAAAAAGAAAAAUCUUACGUCAAAAAUCUGGUAAUUAGUGUACAUGUGAUCAUUGGAGUCAGAUAUACUUUUAUUGUAAUAACCAAGUGAAACAUUUUUCCUGAUGGGUUAAACAGUAAUAAUGAUGUUAGCAGGUCAGAAGCUUCCGUAGUUUGUUUUUAAUGGCCCUUGGGGUUUUUUUGUUUUGUUUAUUUGUUGUUUGUUGUUUGGGUUUUUUGUUUUGUUUUUUACCCUGAGAAGGGGCAUCUGCUUUGCAAAGUGGCUUGUGGGAUUGUGGAGGGUGGUGGUACCAUCUUACUGAGUGCGCCUCCACUUGAUGCCUGGACUCCAGCCAACUAUUGCUCUGACCCACAGCAAUAGCGCAAGUUACCCAUCACCAGCAUUUGUACAGAGCAGGGAAUUCUGGUUUUAGUCAAUUGAUAACAUUGUGUGUAUGAGGAGAUUUAGCACCAGACAGCUGCAGGACUCUGUUUCCAUGGCUUCUUCCAUCACAAAACGGGUAGAAACACAUUCACUGCUUCAGGGUUCUAAUCUGUGUGUCUUCUUAUGGCUCCGUAUCUGUAAGAUGCCCUGUGAAUUUGCAACAUGCUGUAUUUCUUCUAAAAGUUGAGUUUUAUUCAGCAAGUUGGCCAUACUGCUGUUGUACCCUCUUUUCUUCAGUAUGGUUUGAGAGUGCAGCUCAGUCGUGAGGCUUUUGCUGUCUACUCAGUUCAUACACAAACGUCUUUGUUGUCCAGAGGUGUUACAGCUGUCAGAGUCUUCAUGGACCUGAAGAUAAUAUCUUGUGAAGUUGAAUGCAAGUGUACUGUCAUUCAUAGUGUUUAUAUAAAAAUACCAGGAAUCUUCACUUUUGCUACCUUAAUAUAGCAUUGGGCUAUCAUGUUAAAACAUUGAUAUACAUCGAUUUAUUAAAAAAUACUUUUAUAA